AUGGCUGCGCUUGAUGAAGCCCAUUGUCGGUCCGACUUCAUUUCGUCCGUGCCGUGGGCUCAGACUCGAAGUAGGAGCAGGGCGCCGACGCCGAACCACGGCAUGGAAAGAGCUGACGAUCACGGAGUUCUUUACGCCCUCCAUCACAAGCUCUGCUCGACACUCCCGCUUGUCACUUCCGACGUCCUUUUCGUCUCGUCAGCCGCCAAAAUGGUCAAAGUGACGGCGACAAGGUGUUUGGUCACCUGGCUCUGUGCAGCUCUUGUUUCCUGCCACAUGGUCGAAGCAUACCCCGUCACACAUGAUCACGCCAAGCCCAACGAAGAGCAUGCAUCCCUCACUCGACGCGGGGCUUAUCAGGCAGUGACGCCGUUCGAGAACCGGAACAACAUCGCGCGUGUGGUGCUGGGCUCCAUUGUCGGCGUCGUCGGUCUUGGUCUGCUCGGUCUGCAUCUGACCGAGCACGCGGCGUGCAAGGCCGUAGCUCGACAGGAGGCCACGAUGCAGGCAACCUGGGACGAGCUUCACCCCGACAACUUCAUCCCCAAGGGCGAUCAAAUGCGUCCCGUCAGCUUCGACUGCAGCUCAAAGUCGGUCAAACCACUCGGCAUCCCAGCAGCCUAUACUCAUCCGGCGAAUGAUUACUGA